GCUAGCCGUGCGGGUGUGAUUGGAAGCGAAGGACGCAAAGUACGAAAGGUUUCGUGAUGUUGUGGCAGUGAUUUAACACGUGCUGUGAAGUGGAUGUUAUAUACGUUACUGUAUGACUUGUCUAUUGUGUAUUAUCAGCGGGAGAUUAAAUAAAUUAAGAAGGUUUCGCGAAAAUUUUUCUCUCUAAUGACGACUGCUUCAUAACGCUUCGGUUACUGAAUGGGGAUUGUUUUAUAUAUGAUGCUUAUCAGCGCACCAGCGGCAAUGAGACGGUGAUAACCGGUACAAUUAGAUUGGACUACAGUUGCGGAAUAAUUAUGACGACACUACAAAAUAUAGACUAUAAAACAACCUAAAAAUGGAUAUAAACCAUGUAGUAUUGGACAAAGAGGCAAUCAACCGUUUCGAGCAAUAUACAUUGGCAAAGCCUCUAAACGGAGGGAUCCCUCUGGACAAGUGCCAAGAUGUGGACUCAACGACAUCUAAUAGCAGAAAGAGAACACAAACUUCUCGACAAAAAGUACUUUGUUGCUUUUGUUUUAAAACAACUAAAUAUAGAAGGAAACAAUUUAUUGUGGGAAGUCUAACUAAUGGCAUUAUAUUCUCUGUUUUAUUAGCCUAUACUUUUUUAGGCUCUUUUGUAUUUUUAUCCAUCGAGGGAGGUGUUGAUAUGCCAGCACGUCCUAGAAUUCUACCAGAUAAACAAAAAAUCACGUACAGAGAUCAAAGUAAUAACAGCAAUAAAAAUAAAGAUGACAAUUAUGAAUACGACAAUGUUACAAUAUCAGCGAAUUAUUUUUGGGAUGCAAGAAGUAAGGCUGUGGAAAAUAUUUGGGAAAUCACUGUUUCAUUAAAUAUAUUGUAUAGAGAAAAUUGGACUCGAUUGGCAGCCCAAGAAAUUCUGAAAUUUCAAAAUGAAUUAAUGCAACGAGUCACGACUGAAAUGGCGGCACAGUAUGGUGUUAGCUAUAAAGAAAUGGCUUUAGGCGAAUUUGGUGAAAACGACAGUCAUAAUGAAGAACACGAUUGGAAUUUGGCACUUGCAUUUUUCUAUUCGCUUACUGUACUAACAACUAUAGGAUACGGCAACAUUGCUCCAAGGACAGUAUUAGGAAAAGCAGCUACUAUUAUCUAUGCCUUAUUUGGAAUUCCUCUGACACUCUUAUAUCUUUCAAGUGUCGGCUCACUACUGUCAAAAAUGGCUCGUAGUGUUUUUAGUAGAGCACUGUGCUGCUGCCUUUGUUCCAACUGCGGAUACUGCUGCUAUGAUGAAAGACGAAUGGCUGAAAAAGAAAGAAGAAUGAAACUUAAAAGACAACAAGAAGAAAUACUAAACAGUCAAAAUACAAGUAAAACACCCACUGAAGAAUGUUACGUACUCAAAACUGAUAGUCAGAAAGAUCUUUCCAUAACUGAAAGGCCAACAACAAGCACAGCUAAAGAUGAUAUCAUCAGUUGGCCCGACACUGAUUCAAAGCUGUCAAUGCGUGGUCUAAGUAUUCUAGCACCAGUUCUGUUAUGCUUAACUGCCAUAUUUAUCUACAUUUCCUUAGGAUCUAUUGUUUUAUAUGAAUUGGAUAAUAUGAAUUUAGUGGAUGGUUUCUACUUUUGUUUUAUGGCUCUGAGUACGAUAGGAUUUGGGAACAUAAUACCAGGUACACGUUUCACAAUUGUCAAUGGAGUGAGAUAUUAUACAAUUAAUUCAUCGGUUUUAUGGUUUUGUUCUGUUUACACGUUAACAGGAUUGGCUCUAACUGCCAUGUGUUUUGGCGUAAUUCACGAUGAAAUUAUUUAUAGAAUAAAGUAUCAACAAAAGGAAUGGUCACAAAAAAGUAAUAUGGUCAAUGACGAAGUAAAAAUGAGAGAUUCCUUCUAUAUGAAUUCUUGACAUAUGUUCAAUAAAUGUAAAUCAGAAAAUUUGUACAGUAUCAUGGAAGAUAGUUCAACGAUUGUUGACCGUAAUAGGUUAGAAAGUGACAAUAGAGAAGUAGUGCUUAGUGUAGAUGAGAUAUCAUUAACCGUAGACGCGAACAGUGAUUUUCCGCCACCCCCACCUGCGGAAGAAAUUGUAGCAAUUGUUACUAAAAAGGAAACCAAAAGUAAUUUUGGUGAUAUGGUGGCGUAUAAUGUAUUACCAGAAAUGCUCGAACAUCUUAAUACUACUUAACUUACAAAAAUUUUAAUUGAAAAUUUAAUUUUAAUACUUGACUUGAAUAAAAUGAAACCAAUAAAACUUAUAACCGAACAUUUUAAUUUAUGAAAUACCUAAAGGAACAAAACUAAAAUUGUAAAUAAAAUGUACAUAUUUGUAUAUAAAUGAUGUCUAACAUCUUUGAAAGUAUAUUUCUUAA